GCUUAGCAGCCUUGUAAUCUGAGAUUGGGAAAUGGCGGAUUCUAUUUACAGGGCUUCGGUUCUUCCAUCUCAGCUGCUUUUCAAGCCCAGUUUAUCAAAUAGAAAUUGUGUUCCCAAGAAGAGUAACUUGCUCUGUUUUGCUUCAUCACAACUCAACCCUGUCCGGUCAGAAGUGAGUUUUUGCAUUGGAACUCACCUCAUUCCUCAUCCAAAUAAGGUGGAGAGAGGAGGAGAAGAUGCUUUCUUUGUUAGCAACUUCAAUGGGGGAGUUAUUGCUGUUGCUGAUGGUGUUUCUGGUUGGGCUGAACAAAAUGUGGAUCCUUCAUUAUUCUCCAAGGAGCUGAUGGCUAAUGCUUCAUCACUUGUGGGGGAUGAGGAGGUUAAUUACGACCCCCGGAUCCUCAUAAGGAAAGCACAUGCUGCAACUUCUUCUAAAGGGUCGGCUACUGCUAUCAUUGCGAUGCUAGAGAGGAAUGGCAGAAUGAAGGUUGCCAAUGUAGGUGAUUGUGGAUUAAGAGUUAUCCGCAAAGGGCAGAUUAUCUUUUCUACGUCUCCACAAGAACAUUACUUCGACUGUCCAUAUCAAUUGAGCUCGGAGUUGGUUGGCCAAACGUAUCUUGAUGCUAUGUUUAGCAGUGUUGAAGUAGCGGAAGGAGACACCAUAGUAAUGGGCUCAGAUGGGCUGUUUGACAAUGUUUUUGAUCGUGAAAUUGUUUCAACAUUGGCCAUACAUACAGAUGUUGUGGAGGCUGCAAAGGCAUUGGCUAACCUGGCAAGCAACCAUUCGAUGGAUUCAAGGUUCGAGUCUCCCUACUCAUUAGAGGCCAGAACCAAGGGUCUGGAUGUUCCUUUUUGGAAGAAAAUUCUCGGGAUGAAGCUAACAGGUGGAAAGCUUGAUGAUAUCACUGUGAUUGUGGGUCAAGUUGUAACCUCACCCAGCAUUGGCAUCUUGGAUGAGGUUACGAAAACAGAGGAGGUUAAGGGCACAGAAAGUAUUGGUAUCUUGGACGAGCUUCAAAGGACGCAGAAGAUCGAGGGAACAGACAGCAUCGGUGUGUUGAACGAGGCUCAGACAGCGUAUGCUCAGGUAAAGAAGGGGUUUGGAGGACGUAAGACUUCGACAAAAACCCUGCCAUAUUAGUUAUCAAAUCUGUUUUUCCUAGGCAACUACUACCCGUGAUUGGUGAAGUUCAAAUAUCUUAUUAUGUCAGUCUAUAUUCGGACCAAAGGGCUUAGUCCUUUUGUACUGAGGACUUCCAGAGACCCAUUCUUUUGGUAUUUCCUCUUUAUUUUUCUAUUUUUACUGUAAUGGAAAAAAAGAGAAGACAGAAUACAUUCAAAAUGUUGAAAAUGUCCCCAGUUCACCAUUUUAGACUUAAUAAAUAAUUGAAGGCAAGGGAUUCUAGUUUUCAAUAAAUUAUAAAUCUUACCCUUUUUCUUUACAUUGAACAAUUAAUAAUCAAUUCCAAAACUAUAACUGGGUUCCAAUCGAAUAUUCCUUAACUUGGCAGGCUGGAGUUUUCCAUGCUCACCUCAUAAAACACAGUCGAGGAAAGAAAAAGUCAGAA